AUGGCAAGUUCACGAAGGAGUCCGAGGAUGAGGAGAUUUGGAGAGUUUGUGGAUUCAAGAGUCGCGCCCAACCCGCUGAUCAAGCGGUGGGAUGGUGCUGCGAGGACUUGCGCUGAUUGGGACAACCUGCGACGAGAUCCCGAGCUGUGGUUCCGAAACAGCAACUGUCUGAUUUAUUUGUAUGGCAAAGGCGAGUCGCGAAGAGGCCCUUCAUUCAAGGUCCCCUUUGCCACGCUGCUCGAAGCGAAAUGCUACCCUCUGAUCGAACGUUUCAUCGCCUGGGAGGGCAUCGAGACCCCGAACGCCCUCGACCUUGCGAAAUGGAGCCGCAAGAACCCCUCCAGGAGGAUUGAACUAUUUAUCCCAGCACCCCCGACGGCCGAUAGGAUGCAGGCCUUCCAAUAUCAUGUGGCGACUCGGAACUUUCUUGCGUGGGUGUUUCGACGAUCAAUGGUGGGCAAGAGUCUGGGCAGUGCCAUUGUUGCGCUUCUUCACAGCAUGCACGAGUUUCGAACCGAUGUCGACGACAAUGUGGCCGACAUGAUGGCGUAUUUCGACGAGGAGGGCUAUCUGAGCAUGGCAAACCAACCCAACCACGCAUUGGCUAUGCUCUACCUUGCGGAGCUCUUCCAGAUGCCCGAACUCUACACCAGAGCGUUUGCUCAUUGCGUUGGAAUGAGUGAGCACUUGCUGGGGAGCACCGAAUACCAGUUCAUCACCCCAGAGUCACGCAAACUCAUCCGACGAGCCCGCACGGAGAUGGAGACGAGGUUAAUGCUGUCCUCGAGAAUGCUAAAGACGUUCCUUGAUGAUGAGCUCUCCGAGGCACACUUGAGCGUCUCCGAAGGCGCUCGGGCUCACCUCGAGCGGUUCCGCAGCUUCCUCCUCUCGUUCUACACCACCAAGCUGGGUUAUUACCCCCCUCUUGCGACCGAUCCGGCGCACGACUUCUUCGAUGCCAGCAUCUAUCGGACGAUGCUGGAGGAUUUCGAGGCCUUGUAUGACCUCCUCGUGGAUGACAAGUACACGUCAUCUCAGACAAUGCCCUCCAUGGCGUAUGGUGGUAUCUGUACCAUCCAGCUGGUCCACUCCUUCGACAUGGGCCACGAUUACACAACUCUCGAGCACCCGUUACCACUGAUUCCGCAGCUAUCGGACUCUUCGCGCCGGAUGUUCUGGCUCCCGGGACGCGACAGGCUACGGUCUGACCGCCGCACGACGGCGCAUGCGGCCCUCAUCAAGGCAUCCAACAUCAUGAAACCAGGAGUCGCCCAGAAUGACCUCGUCAGGUCGUACAGGCGGUUCGAGGAGGAGUCCAUCACCUCGCCGAACAAGGCCGACAAGUUGGAGAAGGUGUCCUUGGUGGAUGCGCGCAGGGUGAGAUGGAUCCUGGUCUACGCCAUCUACCAGGUUCUCCGCAGCGCUACGGACACUCCUGCGGAGGCUGAGCAGGACGUCGACGAGGCCAAUUACAGCCUUGCGGUGUCAACCGCGAACACUCCGCCGUGGAAGAAGACCCGUCAGAUGGAGCGCAUUCUGCGCCGCCAGACGGAACUGUUUACCAGCACCCCUAACCUCAUCUUCCCAGACGACUGCGACCUGGAGGAACCGCCUGCGAAGAUUGAGAUCAAACCCGAUAUUGACUAUUUCGCUCUUACACAUAAAGAGCCCCCCAAGGACAACCUAGCCUCCAUCAGAGCCCUCCCCGAGCGCCGGCCUUCUCUGCCUUCGCGCUCAAACUCUCUCUCACGGGCAUUGAGCCGCUCAUCUACCAUCAGACGCUCAAUGCGGAUGUUUAAAACGGCGCCCGGAACGCCGCCACAGACGGCUCCUGCGCAGUCCAAGUCGAGGCAGACGUAUCACGAAAUCGUGGUGCUUGGCUACGGCAAUGGAACGAACGACGUGAACCUGAACAUGGACGGCCCGUACAUGGAUACGACUACCUGGCCCGACCGGAGUGACUCGACGACUUCCACGACGGCAUCUAAGACGGACGAGCGUGGAGGAUCAACCCCGGAGAGCAUGGGCAGCACGGACGACACCUGGGAUUCGCCUGUCGCCACACCCCCGCCGGUAUCAUACUAUCCUAUACCGGAGAAGACCAAAUCCCGGCGCCAGAAGCGUCGUGAGGUCGUCUCCAUGGUUGCUCGGUCCGUCUCCGGCCGCGUCUCCGGCCGGCGCCCGAUUAGCGCCAUCUUCUCAGACAGCUCCAAGCACACCGACUACGACGACAUGUUCGAACAACCCCAGCAACCGCAGCCGCAGCGCACGAGCUCGUUCGUCCUCGGCCACCAGAUCCCGCCGAUGCCGCCGUUGCCCCGGUCGCUCACGCGCCACAGCCUGCUGCUCUCCGACCUCCGCCGAAAGGGCAACGUGCCGGAGAGCCAACCGGACAAGCCGCUGGAGCAGCUGGGCGUGAACGACGACGACGAUGACGAGCCGUACAUUGUGUCGGAGGAUGCCGACUGGACGGCCAUGCAGGCGUUCAUGGACCCUGACGCGCUGGAGAUACUCCACGACGAAGCGCCGGGGUGGGAGCAGUAUGCUGAACUAGGAGGACUCACGGACAUGAGGUGA